AUGGCGGACUGGGCAGGAUUGACCAACGACCUCCUUGUUGAGAUUGCAAAGCGUGUUAAAGUGAUUGAAGAUUUCAUUGUUUUCGGUUGUGUUUGUAAUUCAUGGCGAAAAGCUUCUACCAAGGACAAUUUUGAUGUGCUUUCUCCUCAACUUCCUUUACUAAUGCUCCCUCAGAAAGAUGAUUAUCGAGAAUUUUACUCUCUUUCCAAGGGUAAAAUUUCACGGAAAUUGUACCUCCCUGAGGCUAAAGGGCGAGAAUGUUUCCCAUCUCAUCAAAUGGGAUGGCUUUUCACCCAAUCAUUAGACGUUGGAGAAGAGGUCCGUUUGUUGAAUCCUUUCUCCGCUACCAAAAUUCAACUUCCUAUCUUAAUUGAAGAGCUGGAGUAUCCCUACAUCAUAAAUGCUAUUUUAUCUGCCAAUCCUUCUUUUACCUCAGAUUAUGUACUCGUCAUUUCAUAUCACACAUAUGUUGAACAAUUUGCUUUUUGGCGACCUGGAGAUAUCAAUUGGACUCAAAUUAACCUCACAAGAACAUAUGGUGGAGUGUACAAUAUGAUUUACUACAAGGGCCAAUUUUAUUUUGUUACUUGGACCGCUGAAUUAGGUAUUAUUGAUGUUCAAGGACCUGAGCCACGCGUAGACUCUCACAAAAUUUACCCUAACGAUGAUAAGAAGUUGUAG